UGUUAUGCCAGAGAUAAGAAACGAUAAGACUCAACAUUGUGCGUCAACUGUACUGACCAAUAUGUGCACUGUAAAGGUUGCUCUCCUAUUUUUCUCGUUUGCUGUACAAUGUCUCUCUUGUCCAUUCCCACCGCCCUGUCUUUGUGAUGCCAGGUCGCCGACCGUGUACUGUAGAAGCCUUAACAUGACGUCACUUCCGAAAAUAAACCCAGCUAAUGGAUCGUGGACCGUUUUCUUAAAUAACAACAAAUUAAGACAUUUACCUUCAAAUGCUUUCUUUGGAAUUAAAGUUCAUAUGCUUGUGCUCGACAAUAACGAAAUUGUAAAGGUAGAUGACCACGCGUUCAAUGGAAGUGAAGACUCUCUGAUAUUUUUAGAGUUAGCUGGAAAUAAGUUAUCAUCAUUACCAUCAGCAAUUGCAAGGCUUCAAAAUAUCAUGUCGCUGUCAGUUUCCCAAAACCCAUUGACUGAUCUAGAUCAAGAAGUGAUCGCGAACAUUUCAAAAUCCUUACUAUUUUUAGAUUUUGGAUCAAGUGAAAUGUUAAAGUUUCCACGGAGUAUUAAGCUCCUAAAAACUCUGGCCUCGAUUGAUUUAUCAGAUGUAACAUUCACUAGUCUUCCAGAAGACGCAUUUCAACCCUUCGUGAAUUCUUUAAAUGUGCUUGGACUUCAUAAUACAAGCUUAGCAGAGCUCCCAUCAUCUAUCAACCUGUUAAAUAGCCUACAAAAUCUGAAACUGGACAGAAAUCGUAAUUUGUCAGCUGCUGCAAUAUCGAAAUCGGUGCCUAAUGGUCUUCCUGGUUUGACAGAUGCUACAUUCCAAAACAAUGGGCUAAGUACUUUGCCAAACAUUUUCUUGAAAGCGAGUCAUUUAUACAUCAUUACAGUUUUAGAUGAGCCUAUAUCAUCUUUAGGCGAUGAUUGUUUUACGCCAAAUUUCAGUUCAAACUUUCAAGUGAUGCGGAUGAAUAAUACCCAAUUAACCCGUGUUCCAUCUUGUUUGUCAUCAGUUGAAAGCAUAAAAAGACUAGAAAUAACGUACAAUAAUAUUUCAUCAAUUGAAGAAGAUGAUUUUAUGAACAUGAAGAACCUUAAUAUUUUAGUCUUAUCGUGGAACCCAAUUACCAAUGUGUCUGACAAAGCCUUUGAAAGGAAUGAUGCUUUGAGUUACUUAAUAUUUGAGCAAACUAAGUUGCAGUAUAUACCACGUGCUAUUCAAAAUUUAAAAUCGCCACAACUUCUAAAUUUAUCUGGAUGUCAUAUUCAAUGCACGUGUGAAAAUCUUGGCUGGAUGAAGCAGUGGAAAAGAAGACCGGAUUAUUUUCAGAUUGUUGGAGAAUGCUGGAACCUCAGAAUGAAUCUGAUGACCUUUAUUAAAGGAGAGAUUCCAAAAUGUCCAAAUUAGUGAGGACAAGCUUUAAAAAUGUGUUUGCAGUUUACACUCAAAUUAUUAGGGUUUUCUACGCCUAAAUUUUCACCACUUUAACAGUGACUGAGAAGAGUUACUGAAGCAACAGAAAAUGCAUAGGUGAAACAUUUUAUUUCAAAAUCUGAGGAUGAUUAAAACCCCUCAAGGAAAAAAAAACUAAGUUUGACAUUAGACUCAAGUUGUAACAUACAUUCUAAAUAUUUAUUACUUUUUCUUAACAUCAGAUUCUUCAGCUUAAAAAAUAAUUUAUGGUUGAAUCUGAUAUAUUUCAAGUCGGAAGGAAUUCAUUCGGACGGUAAAAAAAAAAACUCUGCAAGCAAAUAUGUUUAAGUUUGUUUAAUGG